GAAAAGUUACAAAUGAAAUUGAAGCUUUAAAUUUAACUAUUAACUUGAUAGUUAAAUUGUAAAUAUUUUUGUACAUACACUUAGAUUUAUUUCUGUAUUAUGUGUAGAAUAUCAAGUUCUAUUCAUUUUUACAUAAAUAAUUGUAGUUCAUAAAUAAAAGAAGAAGAAUCAGAAAAUAUCCGAAUCUUCAACGAAUGCAACUUUCGUAACUAGGACUAGUUUAGACCUUGCUUUCACCAACCAUGAUAGGCUCAACCAAGUCGUGGCUUGAUCGUCGAACGCAUAACAUCGCGAAAACAUAUAUCCCGGAGCAUCAUUGGUUUGUGAUUCGCGAUGAUAACACGACAAUUGACAUAAACUGUCAAGUUUUAAUCAAACCCAGAUCUUCUGGGUUAAAAUGUGGUGGAACAACAAUUUUAUAAUUCUCGCCAUUUUAGUUUCAUUAGAAAUUUCAAGAUCUCAAACGCGAGAUGCCGGUAAUCACGAAUGUCUGCGAUUUUGUACUGAUGAGGCGCUUUCGAAAAAAUUAUGCCGCUACGAGUUCUACGUCGGUGAAUUAUCUAGCACGAUCAGUUCCCAUAACAGAUCCAAGAUCAAGGACGAGUCUAGAAUUCCAUCAAAAAGUUUUCUGGGAAUUAAUGGAAAAAGUCCCGGUCCACAAAUAGAGAUUUGCCUUGGGGAUACAAUUGAAGUACUUUUGUACAAUAGAUUAGGAUCCGAAGAACUAUCUUUACAUUGGCAUGGAUUACGACAAAAUGGGUCCGCUCAUAUGGAUGGUGUACCGAUGGUUACACAAUGUUCAAUAUUACCAUUUGGAGGUUUUCGAUACAAAAUAAAACCGGAAAGAAUUGGUUCAUACAUCUAUUAUGCACAUUCAGUUUCACAGCAGGCGGACGGCGUGUACGGGUCGUUGACAGUUCGAGGCCCACAGGAUGACCCUAGCUUGGAAAGGAUACUUCUGUUGUCAUCAAGGCCACCAACUCCUCUGUCGUGGCAUUCGCACCUACAUCCACCUACGCCAGGUGUACUUCUCUUAAACGGCCAGACCGAUGGAACGAUCUUGAGAGUUAAUCAUGGCGCACAAUAUUUGUUACGACUGGUCAACGCGAACGCGUACAACUGCCCCGUACGAAUAUCCAUUUCCAGACAUGAUUUUCGUGUGUCUGCUGCUGAUGGGAACGUGGUUGAUUCGGUGACAGGCAGACACAUCGUUUCGUAUCCUGGUGAGAGACUGGACGUAAUUGUGGAAACAAAUCAACCCUCUGGCAAGUACUUGAUCGAUAUAAAGGGCCUUGAAGAAUGUCAAAACCUUCGUCAGGAAGCUUUUAUCCUUUAUAACGACGUACAACCAGAUUCUGCAAUAAUAAAGGACGAAGAACUAUCGAAAAUCAAUGACCAUGCAAUAGCGAACAAGGGCUACGAUUGUCAUGAGAUAUCAAAGAAUUUCAUAUGUGCGUUGGAUUUGAAAGGAUCAAAGGAAACAUCAAACGAGAUUUAUGCUGAUCAAGUUAUUUAUAUUCCAUUCGACGUGAACGUUUUCCCAUUUUUCACUGAUGAACUGUCUGACAACAGAUAUAAUGUAUAUGGAUGCGCUUUUUAUCCUUCUUAUCUAAGUAUGAAUAAAAAUGGGAUAAAAAUUAUGCAAAUUAAUGGAAUAACGUUCAAGUACCCUACAUCUCCAUUAUUAUCACAACCAGAGAAUAUACAAGAAGAAUCAAUUUGUUCUCUUGAGAAGCCUUCAAAACAGUGUGCUUAUACUCCACUGUUCUGUGAAUGUACUCAGAUCAUUGAAGUUCCAGCCAGAAAAUACAUCGACAUUAUCUUGAUAGAUGAAGGUUUUGGUGGAAACGUUUCUCACACAUUUCAUAUACAUGGCUAUAAUGCCAGUAUCCUAGGAAGAGGUACUUUCGAAAGACCAAUUAGUAAGGAUGAAGUUGUAUUUUUGGAUCGUAACAGACAAUUGCAUCGUAAUAUCGUAAAUCCUCCUCAAAAAGACAGCUUCGUUGUGCCAAAUAAGGGCUACGUUAUUCUUCGCCUGUUUACUAAUAAUUUAGGAUACUGGUUGUGGGAAGCGAGAAGUACAGCAAUUUCUCCGAAAAUGUCUGGACCCGGUAUGCAAUUUCUAUUAAAAGUAGGAAAUCGCGAAAGUUUUGUACCAAUUCCCUUGGAUUUCCCUACCUGUGGAAAUAAUAAACCUCCGGACUUGGUGUUCGAAAUUAACUGAUUCAUUACUACACUAAAUAUAAUUUAUUGUAUUAUUUUGUAUUUAUUUUAUAUUUCUUCCUAGUACGAUAAAUUAUAUUCUCCUAGAGAAAUGAUUUAGCACCGUUUUAUAAAUAAAAGGGAACAACAUAAAACUAA